CUCCACAACAACUUCUGAGGUUAGUUUUUCAACGUUUUUUUCGUCCCACUACGACAAUCGUCAUUAUGAAAUUUUUGGUGACCUUACUCCUUUUGACUGCUCUUAUGGCUUUUGCGGCUGCCAUGCCAGCCAAGGAAGAUCCACCAUCAGCGUCAGCGAAAGAGAGCCCGCCAAAAUCGGGAGUCGCGCCGGAAACGGAUCCUGGCACGCCGAAAACAGGCCCCUACACAAGCUCUUCAUCUCUCGUCCUGGCGAAUCAAAAGGGAAAAGAUCCCGCUGGACCGAGCCGAAUCGGCCGCCCAGAACCUGGAAAUCCCGAUAUCCCCGAGUUCGCACCGGAAAUGCGUCCCGUCAAACCGAAAACGAAGCGCAGUUACAUGAACAUCGGCCCCUCUUUUAUUCCUUGUACCGAGGAAGAAACCCGUAUUAAUCCAAACGACUGCAACAAGAUUCCGUUUUAUUGCUAA